AUGACUGCAUCGAUUGCUAUUUUCGACUUUGUUGGGACGAAGUCCCAACUUUCUACACUCUUCAAAGGUGUUGGAUUACUCAGGCCAGUGCUUCAACCCCAUUGCGACUACUUUGUCUUACACAUUCAAAAGCCAUUGUUGUCGAGUUUCCUCUCUCUAUUGCCUUCUUUGGGUAUUUCGUAUGGACUUGUCUUACCGACUUAUUCAUUGAAGGAAGCGGCUCUCACGUUAUAUGAAGAGAAUUUUUGUGUGGGGACCUCGACACUGAAUUUCUCGUGUUUGAAUCAAAAGCUUCAGAAAAUCAAUCAACACUAUACAAUGGACGACGCACUUAUUCUGAAGAUCUUUCAAUACAUCUCACAGAAGGGGCAGUCGAUAGUUAGUCUUGAUUUGUCAAACAACCAUUUCCAAAGUGUCAAUUUCUUGUCACAAGUAAAGUCCUUCUUUCCCGAACUUCGCUUCAUUAAUUUAGAGAACAACAGAAUAAGCAACUUCAAUGUCAAAGUGCCACUCUACUACUUGUCUAAUAUCAACUUAUUGAAUAACCCUAUUAUGACCUCAAAGGAAUUCCCCCACAACGCACUCGACGCGUUGUCUGUCUGUACCAUCAACGGCGUUAACUAUAAAGAAACUAUUAAUUUUCCAUUGUGUGUAUCUCCGACCCUUGCGGAGAUCAAAAUGGGGGUGUUUGACUCGUACACCAUUUUUAAAGCCGCAAAGGAGUUUCUCUCGGACUUCUUCACGGGAUAUGAUGAGGCAAAUCCAAACGUUGUCAACUUCUAUGACGACAACGCGAUGGUCACAGUGUCGUUUUCAAAGGCCAAUCCAUUGAUAGAGAAGUUAUCGAAGAUCGACCGGAAUCAUUCUGUAGUGGACGACUUGAAUGAGUGUGUGAGACGAGUAUUACACAAGGGAGAUGUGAAUGUUCUAGUCCAAAAUUUGCGAAUGGAACAUGACAUGAUGAACAUCGCAUUCGACCAAACAGAGGUCGGACCGUUCACACAACUCAUCGCCUUUGGCGCUUGUCUUGCGUGCGGAGUGCUAAUGAACUUCACUCGAACACUUCUGAUUAAGAACGGACUUAUCACGAAUGAUAUACUCCACUUGUUCACAGACACAUCUCCAAUCACCGCAGUCAAUAUCACGAAGAUCAACUUGUCUGCUGUUAUUAAUACAGCUGCAAAGGCUAAUGUCAGUCAAGACGUCGCUUUGAGAGUACUCAGAGCGGUCAAUUUCGAUAGUAAAAUUGCUAUUAAAACAAUCACAUUCCAAAAAUCCAUCCAACGCCAAAACGCUCUUGCCCAAAGUGCUCUAUUUUCAAUGGUCCAGUUAUCACGGUCCCCUUCCGUUUUGUCGACAAACUGA